AUGAUCAUAUAUCUCAUUGAGGGUAAAUUACCGAGAUCCACAUUAGACAAGUGGGAAAUCACGCUAAAUCGAGAGACUCUCCCUAAACUAGAAGAAAUGUACGAAUUUCUGUAUAAAACAGCGGUGUGCGUAUCGAGACGAGAACGAGCAAAAUCGGUAGAAUCAAAUAAAGCUAAGGGAGAACCCCCGAUCAAAAAGAGAAAAAUCGACAUUCCAAAUCGCGUUUUUAUAACAAAAACCUCGCAUAACUGCGCGGUGUGUAAGGGCAAAAAACAUCCGUUGUACAUGUGUAACGGAUUCAAGCAAUUAAGCGUGGCGGAUCGUAUUGACACGGAUUUAACAUGCUUAACGAUAUCGAUGAUCGCUAAUCUAGUACCAGCGGAAAUCUUUCCACGAGACGCACUAAAAUUACCGCGAAACGUUAAAUUAGCGGACCCCGAAUUUUAUUUACCGCGGCCCGUCGGUUUGUUAAUAGGCUCGGGCGCGACCUUGUCUUUACUGACCGACGGUCGGAUCGAUUUAUCUGGCGAAGGAUACGAUUUGCAUCUUCAAAAUACACGCUUAGGAUGGGUAAUAGCCGGCGGAACACCCCCACAAUUAUCGUCAGAAGGCACAUAUUGCAUGAUGAAUUUAGACAGUCAAUUGAUAAAAUUUUGGUCAAUAGACGAAAUCACAGGAAACGAAAUAAAAUCGGAGGAAGAUUCCGACUGUGAAGCACACUUCGCGAAUACCGUUGCGCGCCUUCAUGACGGGCGAUACGUAGUUCGUUUAUCUUUUCGCAAAACAAAUAAGGUUCUCGGCGAAUCUAGAUCGAUGGCAUUCAGACGUCUGUUGUCUCUGGAGCGCAAACUGAGCAUAAACACGGUUCUAAGAAACGAAUACGAGCGGAUCUUCGAAGAAUACUUACGGCUAGAACACAUGUCAUUGAUUCGCAAUCCGGACGAUCGCGGUUAUUACAUGCCUCACCACGCGGUAAUGAAGGAAGAGAGCGAUACCACUAAGGUCCGGAUAGUGUUCGACGCGUCAAUGAAAUCCAAUACCGCAAUCCGCGUGAUUAAAAAAUUGGCUGAUGAUGAACGAGAAACUUUUCCUAGAGCGGCAGAGAUCCUCAAAUCUCAUCUGUACGUUGAUGACCUAUUGACCGGCGCUGAAUCCAUCGAUGAGGCCCGUAGGAUUCGAGUCGAAGUGACCGAGUUAUUGGCACGCGGCGGUUUCGUUAUUAGACAGUGGGUAUCCAAUGACGAACGCAUCAUAAACGACUUAGAGGCUAAUGCACUACACGCGAGUUUUACUUUAAAUACAGACCGGGCAUUGAAAACGUUAGGCAUAAUAUGGAACACGCGAGACGACCAAAUUUCCUACACUACUAACCCAAUUAAAAGUUUCGAGCAGGUGACAAAGCGAAGAGUGUUAUCGGAGAUCGCGAAGAUUUUUGAUCCUAUAGGCUUAUUAGGCCCGGUUGUACUAUUCGCCAAGAGAUUAAUGCAAGACGUGUGGCGGUGCGGAAUACACUGGGAUGAGCCCGUUCCGCGAAUCAUUCUCAAUGAAUGGUCCGAGUUUACGCGUCAGUGGGAAUUGAUGGACCACAUUUCCUUCGAUCGUAAGCUGUUAAUAGAAAAUCACUCUAAUAUACAGAUUCAUGGCUUUUGUGAUGCUAGCAGGGUCGGAUAUGGCGUUUGUAUUUACGUACGCUCAAAGAAUAACCAAGACGCCGUGUUAUCGCGUUUAUUGUGCGUUAAAUCGCGAGUUGCGCCGUUAAAGCCCGUGACCAUUCCACGUCUUGAGCUCUGUGGAGCAUUAUUGUUAGCACGAUUAUACCAUGAAGUAAUCAAUACGUUAAAUUUCGUUCCUAACAGGGUAAUUUUUUGGUGCGAUUCGACCAUAGCGUUGCACUGGCUCAAGACUGAAACACAUAAACUUAAGAUGUUCGUAGCUAAUCGAGUCACGGAGAUUCGAGACCUCACUGAGACAGUAGAGUGGAAACAUAUCCGAACAAAAGAUAAUCCCGCGGAUGCGGUCUCAAGAGGCCAACUUCCUCUCGUUUUCUUACAAAAUCAAACGUGGCGGGCAGGCCCUUCGUGGUUAAUCGACAAUGAGAAUCAAUGGCCUAAUGAUAUCAUACAAAGUUGCGAAGUUCCCGAACUAAAAAAGAACACCUGUUUAACAACGACGUCGGGUAAUCUAGAAAUCUUAUAUAGAUUUUCAUCUUACGCUAAAUUGUGUAGAAUUGUCGCGUACUGUCGCCGUUUUCGUCCCGCCAACAAAUACAAUGGUGCGUUAUGUAACAAGGAGAUCUCUGAAGCCGAGAUACAAAUUUUGAAAAAAUUGCAAUCAUCUCAAUUUCAAAGGGAAAUUAAGGAGCUUGAAAAUAAAGGUCGCGUCAUCAAACAUAGAAUUGCCGGUUUGAAUCCGUUUCUAGACCAAAAUGGUAUCAUCAGAGUCGGAGGCCGUCUGCGGGGAUCAAAUCUAUCUUUUGCUCAGAAGCAUCCGAUCCUCCUCCCAAACCGUAACCCGCUAACUGACAUCAUCAUUCGCGAAACGCAUGAAUCAAAUUAUCACGCAGGUAUUCAGCACACGUUAGCUACCAUGCGUCAGAGGUUCUGGGUACUCGAUGGUAGAAAUCAAGUGCGCAAAGUCGUUCGCACAUGCGUACGGUGUUUUAGAUUCGAUUCUAACAACAUCCAGCCCAAAAUGGGAAACCUCCCCGCAGUACGCGUAAGCGAGGCAAUUCCAUUUUCCAAUACCGGCAUCGAUUUCUGCGGGCCAUUUUAUAUUAAGGAACGAAAAUUCCGUAACAGGACACGGAUUAAGGUAUACGUUUAUAUAUUUGUGUGCAUGGCUAUUAAAGCCGUACAUCUUGAAGUCGUUUCCGAUCUGACAACCGACGGAUUUUUAGCCGCACUGCGACGUUUCGCCGCGAGACGAGGAUUACCGGAGCAUAUAUACUCCGACAAUGGCACGAACUUCGUCGGCGCCAGUAAUCAAUUAAAAGAAGUAUACGCCUUGCUUAAUUCCGAAAAUCACAAAGAUCGGAUAAACAAAUUCGCGAGCGACCGUCGUAUAGUGUGGCAUUUUAUUCCGCCGGCAGCACCACAUUUCGGUGGACUGUGGGAAAGCACUGUGAAAUUAUUUAAACAUCAUUUUCGACGCGUGAUAGGAGAUUCCUUAUUCACAUUCGAAGAAUUAAAUACGUUUGUCGCCGAAGUCGAGGGGAUUCCAGGCCAAUUACCACACUUUCGUCUGACCCCAAUGAUACGUCCGUUCUAA